GACUGAGAUCUCUACAGAAACUGACUAGAGAAUGGGUGUACUUGAUUUGACAGAGUUAAAAAAAUAUGUAUGCCAGUAAGUGUUCUUUUUAAUUAAUUCCUCAGGUAUUUAAUUUUUUUAAGUUUUAUUUUACUCAUGUACAGAUAGACCAACUGGCAUAUUUUUUUUUUUUUACUAUUUUGAUGUCUAAGCUGCUUAUCACACUGUAUUACCCUGCAUUAAUGAGUAUUCCUACUGUGCAAAAUUCUAUCAAAAAUGAUGGUGUGAAUGUCAUUUUUAAUUGGAAGUUUAUACAGUCAAAUUUAUAGUACACAACAAAAAAUAUGUACGUAAUUCUGUUCCAAGCCUUUUUUAGGCAAUUGAUCUUUUUGGUUUAAGUAUACAUUUUUAUCAUCCUGACCUUAAAUUUAGCUUGAGAAUCCGGACAAAUAUUACUGAGUUUGAAUUAAUACCAUUGUUGAGGGAAGAGGGAAACCAAGGCACAGGACAAUUAUAAAGCCUUUUAAUUAUGAGAGGAACAAAUAUAGAAUCUAUUUUCAGGAAUCCCUCUUAAACAUGAAAACUUGCUGACCAAUUUUGCAUGUUCCAUAGAAGCCAAAAUAUCUGCUUUCUGUCUAUUCUAUUGUUGAAUGCCUUGCAUUUAUAUGCUUAUUAAGGAGACAAAGGUUAAAAUGAGUCCAAAGCAUAAAGAGCUGCUUUCCUUUCUUUGAUUCUUACAUAGGAGAAAUAAUACCUCCUGCUCACCUACCCCAGGGUCGUUUUCUUCUAAUCACAAAGCACAAUGAACUAUUUAUUGAUUUAGCAAAACAUUCUUUUGCAACAGGCAAUAUAGCAUUAAAUUAUUUAGCAAUGAGAGAAAUUAAAUGAAAGCUGCAAAACUUACACAGGGAAGCAAACAGACCCAAAACAUCUUAUUUGUCCACAGCCAUUGUGCCUAGGUAAUUCAGGGCAUAUGGUAUGUAAAUGAUGUUUGGAGACCCUUGCCAAAUCUGCACACGGCGGGAUAAAUUAAGGACAGGUUUCCCUGGGUGUAAGUCCCACAAUUGUGACCGGCACACUCCCUGCUUGGAUGUGCUUGUUCCAUUCUUGUGUUUUAGCAACAGCUUCACACAGCAUUCAAUGGUCAAACCUGGUCCUCAGCCUGCUUCAAAGACAUUAUUUUUAACUUGUGAGGAUUGAUUUUAUAAUUAAAUUUAAAAUACAGCACGAGUUUCUCUUCCCCUUACAUUUGAAAAGUAAGGUCUGAAUAAUUCAUCAGUAUAUAUUUGGAUAUUACCCAUUUAAAUGGGUAUCUUUGACAAUGGAAAUCAAGUGCCUCUCACCCACUGAAGAAAGGUAUUACUAAGCAGUGACUUUUUUCUAGGUCAAGAUUAAGAUAUUUGCUAGAACAGGAAGUGAAUUAUUUUGAACAAUUAGUAAUUUUAGUCCCAAAUUAGCCCAGUCAUAAUUUAUUAAUUCAACUUUGUAACUCAAAUUACUAGUAUCACUUAAUAUUUGAAUUAUUAUUUUCAAGUAUCUGCUCUCACUUCUAGAAAGGUGAAAUCACUAUCUGCUUCUUCCAUUUAAAACUUCUUUGAAAUAGCUGCGAGGUUAUGCUAUUUCCUUUUUUCUGAAAGGAAUUUCUUUUCUAAGCUGGGUGUUGUGGCCCAUAGUUUUUGCUACUUUAAAGUCCAUUUUGAUUAUCUUGGAACUGUAUAAUUGGAGAUUUUGUUUAGAAAUGUUGGCAGUUCCUUUCCUCCUAUGAUAAUUCAUCAGCAGAUACCUAGGUAGUGCAUUUGCAUGAAGACUUAAUUAUGAAUACAAGACUUAAACAUGUUAUUAAUGCAAGUUAUUUCAGGGCAUUUUAAAGUAUGUAGAGUAUGGUUUAGGAUGUUUUGUUGUUUUUACUAUUAAAAAUGCUUUUUUUUUUUACCAAUAAAGCUGUUAUUUUUGUAAGGAUAAUAAUAUGUUUCUUCUAUAAAGUAGCAGUUUAGGCGCUGUUCCUACUAUUACCAUUUCAUUUAUGAAACACAGAUAACAUGCUAGUUACUGUAUGAAGAAUGAAAUUAGGUUCAGUUCCUGUCCAUUGCUGUGUAAGCUGGGUAAAAUCAGGGGGAAAAAUACCCCUGAGAUCAACAUAAGUCAAUAAUACUUGACACAGAUUUAGCUUAAAAGUCAUGCAAGUUGGUGGUGCGUCUGGAGGAGUUCAUGUAAUUAUCAUGUAGCCCGCAGUUGGUGAACUCAGGGUGAAGUUUUGAGCUGGUGAUUCUGUGACCAUCCCCUUGGUUCAUUGAAACUACUUUGCACAGCUGUGCUCCCAACUCAACAACGGAGAGCAAAAACAAUAUUUGCUGGAAAAUCAAGCUCAGUUGGCCUUCUAACUUUGCUGGGAACUUGCAGCCUUGAAAACAACAAAGGAUAGAUAAUCACAAUUGAGAUUACAGAGUCCAGAUUAAAUGUAUUACACAGGAGGGGUGUUGUGGCCCAAGUUUACCCGCACUGUGCUAAAACCGUGAAUGCCCACGUGUUAAGCACUGUAGUCACUUACCAAAAUUUUUGGUUUUAAAUGUCAUUGAACCACAUUUAAACAAAGCACCUGUACUUCAUUCAAAAAAAUUAAGGUAUAUGGAGAGCUGUGGAGGUAAGCUGAGGGAUUCUUUUAUUUUUGCAUAUUUGGUGGGAGGCAAGAGCCAUAGACAAUAAAGACAAGCCAUCUCAAGUAUUAAAACAGUCUAUUUUCAUGUAAUGUAUGAAUCAAAAUGACUUAGCAGUUUUAAUUUUUUUCUUUUAGAAAGAAAAGAAUAUAAAGAGAGAGAUAAGUGAAAUUUGCAUCUCUACAGACAACUCUGCAGAGCAAAUUUAAGAUUCUGGCAAUUUCCUUACUAACAUCUGAAAAUUGAGAAUGUAUAGGAAUCUCAGACAGAUCCUUAAUUAUUGCGUUGCUACCAGGAGUCUCUGUGAUGGUAUCAAUAAGUUAGGAAACUUUUUUUAAGAAGGAAUAAACGGGGGCUCCUGGGUGUCUCAGUCAGUUAAGCGUUGGACUUCGGCUCAGGUCAUGAUCUUGUGGUCCGUGCGUUCCAGCCCCACGUCAGGCUCUGUGCUGAUAGCUCAGAGCCUGGACCCUGUUUCAGAUUCUGUGUCUCUGUCUCCCUCUGCCUCUCCCCCCUGUUUUUUUCUCUCUCUCUCUCUUGAAAAAAUAAAACAUAAAAAAAAUGUUUUUAAGUGAUAAGCAACUAAACUGAUAACUAACUUAUUUUAGCAUAAUGCAUUCAGACCAAAUUUCUCCUUGGUAAAGAAUAUUGAAACUGUAUUAAUUGUUUGUAUAUACUUAGGAAAUUUUAGGGAGACCUGAUACAUUAAUCUUCUUUCAUAAAAGAUACGGCUUCUGCUUAUCCCGAUCUCAAGUAUAUUUCAAACCAGUCUUUAUAAAAUAUUAUAACCUUUCUUUUAGAAAUCUGUGCAACAUCAAGUAUGUGUAUCACAGAGGUAACUGGAGACAGAGAGUAUAAUUUCUAUCAUAUUACCAAAAGGGGUCUAUAGCUCUCCAAAGGUUAAGGAACCCUGAUUUCAGCCAGAAGUUGCAGGAAGUGAUUGAUGAUCCUACAUCAUCAUAUCCCCAGUCAGCGAUGGAUCAACACGAGGCUUAAGUAUCAAAAAAAUUCAGCAAAUAUUUAUUGCACACCUACUAAGCGCCAGUAUUCUCGGAAGGUACAUAGCAGUGGACCAAAUUCCUACCAUUGUGAAGAUUUACAUGGCUGCAAGUAGUUGUUGAAGCAAGACCUCAUUAAAAAAAAAAUUUUUUUUAGCGUAGUUGACACACAAUCCUUCAUUAGUUUCAGGUGUACAACGUAGAGAUAGAGACUUGACAUCUCUAUAUGUUAUGCUGUGCUCAUCACAAGUGUAGCUACCAUCUGUCAUCAUACAAUGCUACUACAAUAUCAUUGACUGUAUUCCCUAAGCAAAAGUUCACUUUAUAAUGCUCCACAGGGUCCCAACACCACGAUCCACCUUGUGAACUAAUAAAUACAGAGGCUAUGCUUCUUAAAAGCCCAACAAUUGAUGUAAUCCCACAGUCCAUGAUAGCAAUAUAAUAGACAAUAGAUAAAAUCAACCACAGAAUCUAGUGUAAUCGUCAGUAAGGUUUUUUGUCAUCGGCCUAUUUUUUGCUAGCAGUGAAACAAAAUGACAUCUCUUUAAAAAGGUUUUUAUUUCUCUAGUCCUUAAAAUCAAGUUAAAUGGAAUGUUUUGGGAAGGACAAAAGAAAAAGUUAAAUACGUGGAAAUGGCAUGGAAAGCACCUGCCUGUUUGUUUCAUGUUCCUCCACAUCGUUAGGAAAUGAUGCUUGGCCAUAGGAGAAUCUGUUGUCCCUCUAAUAAAAUGUUAUGAAAUUGAAUUUUGAAAGGAAACUAUAGAUUGAAUAAGUAGGGUGGCUUCACCAAGGGAAAUUAAAGACUACAGAAAACAAACAGGAGUCUGCAUCACACAUACACUAACCAGCAGAACAGUAUCACUUCUCAAAAGUGACAGUGCAGGCAUGUAUCCAUUUUUAUAUCUCUGGCACAUUGUUGGCACUAUUAAUUAUUCCAUUGAGAAAAUAGCCGCUCUAUACAGAAGAAAGGAAGAUAAAUGAGUUCCUCCAAGCCCCCUUCUGUGAAGUGUAAGUGUAAAUGAAUAUGCUCUCUGCCAGCCCAACGAAUAAAACUCGGUCCGUCCCUCAUCUUCAGCCGUUUAUGAUCCAAGUGAGGGAAAGGCCAGACUCACAAAACCAAAAAUAACCAUUAGAAAAUGUAAAAAUUUAGGGGAGCAAUUUAUCAUAACUACGUGUAUGUCCAUGUUUUAUCAGUAAAAAGUAAGUGUAGCUCUAUUUGAAAUGUUUGUCUAAUGAUAUGCUCAUUUCUCCAUUUCAUGAAGGCUUGACUUAUUCUCAGAUUGAACUUAGGGCUAACUAUAAUGUCUUUGACAAUUCUGGACUUGAUGAUUUCUGUCAUUGGGGAAAUGAAGGAAAUAAAUCCCUUUUUGUUCCUCAUUCAGUCAAAGAGCAAAACGUGAUUUAGGUCUUAUUAGGUAUGUAUUAUGUUGUUAGAGGGUGGGGCAGAGAAAGUUAAAUCUUGAUCUCUACUCUUUAUAAAUGUAUAUUGUUUAGGGGCAAUAAAGUAGGUGCAUGAUGUAUUUGGCAACAAUUUAUGGCAUUAAACUUUGUUGGAGAAUCCAGAGGAUCUAGAAUGGUCCUUAUCUAGAAGUGACUACAGAACUUGAUGUCAUUCUGUUUCAGAGAGUUGCCGAUCUGGCAGAUUAAGACAGAGGCCACAGAAUCGCAACUGAACUUCUGUCUAGCAGCUUCUGUGUAUAUUUUCCCUAGAGUUGAGCUUUUUUUUUACUAAACUGCAGAAACAAUUUUUGAUUGUCUUUGUGUUUUCAGAGAUCGAUUGUCCAGAGAUGUAUCUCAUAAACCGUCGAUCGCAGAAUUUCAAACUUGGGAAAAAACCCCGUCAUGAUCACAAUUUAACAGUUAUUUAUUUGCAAUGUAUUUAUUUAAAAAGAAACUGAGAUUUAGAUAAAGCCAGAACUCACUCAGGCUUAGAGAGCUAGAUAGAAAUUACGCCAGAACUCAAACCACCAACUUGGUUCCUGGCCUCCACAUUCUACUCCUUUCUCUAACAAGUACAAGGGAGCAGGUGAUGGGGAUGGAAGUCUCAUCCCCAAAUAUGUGGUUGGAGAAUCAGAAACUAGCUCUUUUGGAAGUCAUUAAAAAAAAGAGUAUUUAAUUUUUUAAGUUUACUUUUCAAUGUUUAAUAGUUAUUGAUCAUGAAGUAUGGUCACUUGUUUAAUAAUUGUACUAAUAAUGACUCAGUACAGAAAUGCUUAACUCUGAGAAAACCUUACACACACAGUAAUUUUAAGUGUGCCUAUUUUACUUUUUUUUCAAAAAGUAUGAUAAAUUGAUCAGAGAUCAACACUGCUGGCAAGUUCCAAGGACAUGGCCCAUGUACAAAAUGGGUAUGGCUUGAGUAGUUUCCCUUGCACAUGACUCAUUUUUCACAUGGUAGCAUGAAGUAAGUAGGUCCCACAUGAAGAACAUGGCUUGCAGGCUCUGAACAGAUGUUAGGGAACAUGUCACAUUCUGCAGUAAAGGAAAAGCUCCGACUGGGGGUAAGGGUGGGAGAGUCGACUCCCUUGGAAUUUGGUCUCCUAUUAAGUAGCAUUUACGUCGUUUUAGGUUCAGCAUGCGUUUGAUAAUCUUGUUCGAAGAAGGCGAAAUGCUGACUGACAUUUUGGGAAACAAAUAGAGGCAAAUUCAUGCUUCUGGUUUGUAAGCACCAUAAUUUGGCAAUUUAGCACUGUUAACAAUAAUUCUAGUUAUGAUUAUGAAGACAUCCUUUUAAAUCAGUUUUUACCAAACGAUGAAUGAGUGGAAAUAAGACUAUUACUGCCAUAUGACUUUGGGGAAGUCUUCACCUAUUCCUGAUAUGGUUGUCCUAUGUUAGAAGCCAAAAUUUAGCAAUAUCAAAUUUUUUGCCAAACAUUUCUAAUUUUAAUACUGUUUGUGUCAAGGAGAGCCUAUGAGUUUAUUUCCAUUUUAUCUAGUAGAAACCCCAAAUUGUCCUUAAUUGCAUCUUCUCCCUUUUAAAACUUCUUUGAAAAUGUCUUUGGGCUUGCCCAUGGGAUUUGCCAGAAGCUCUUUUCUCUUACCAGAUGUGGGUACAAAACUUGUCUCACCUGUCCCAUCAUGGUCAUCUCUGUGUUUGCAUGUGGAGGAAAUAUUUAAGUGCUUAUGAUUAACAGAACAAAGAGAUCGUUUAUUUUUUAAAACUCAGUAGCUAAAAUUCAAGGUCAUACUGAGUUAAAGAGCACAACAGCUAGGUCAGGAAUGGACUUAAGCUUUAGGCUGUGGACUGACCUUGAGGGAACUUGAAUCUGCUACUCCUUUCCCUUUGAAAUAACCGUAAUUCUUGCUCGAAGUGGCUGGUUUCCAGUUACACAAGAGGGUAUUUUGGGCAAAACCUUUAUAAAACAGGCACGUGAAAUAGGCACUUCAGUAACGGAUGUGCAUAGGAUGCUAAUUCUUGUAUGGUCACUCACUUCCACUUUAAAACUUACUGUUUUUAUUCUCUUUACCUACUCUUUUUUAUUUUGCGUGUUUAUCAGGGAUAGCCAUUAAAGUAUUUGAAAAUUGCUUGUUCUCUGCCCAGCAAUUCGUUGUUCUACUUGUUGGACGAUGUCAAACAAUUAAAUGUAAUCAACAGUUUAGAACCUCAGGAAAUUGUUAGAAUUUCCACCCCAAAGAGGGUUGACAAACCCUAGACAAUUAUUCUAUUUAGAAUGGAAAUGGUUUUCAUUGUGAUAUCACAUUUCCCUCUGAUCAUUGAGCAAUGCAUUGGGAAGCCCAGUAUUUAUUCGCAAAUUUUCAAAAAUUGUGUACAUCCUGUGCCCGGAUUCCAAUCUGCUUCAUCAGUCCAUUUUGUCAAAAGUUUCUCAAAUGGAAUCCUUCAUUCGGACAAACAAACAUACCCAGGAUUUCCCCCCUUUAACUUUUUGGGAAUUCAUUUUUACACGUGCAUCAAUGCGACGGAAAAAACAGUUGCGUCUUAUUUCAUCUGCUUCAGGUGAUUGUGGUAAGCUGCUAUAGCUCUCUUCAUCUGGGAAGUGCUGCCAUCUGAGUCAACUUCCUCCGUCUCUGUUUUUAUAUUGUCCAGGGUGAUGCUUCCUCAUUGCACCAAAAUAGAAAUGGUUUGUUUUUGUAUCAAACUUGGAGACUGGCUAUGGAUUACACUGGGUUAGGGUAAAGGAAUUUUUUUUUUCAAGAACAUUCCACUUAUCUCAAGGGAAAGAGAUUGAUGUACUAGAGACAAAUGAGAAGCAUUAAUGAUUUUUAUUCCCUUAACUAAAACACCUCCUUUAGUCGCCAGAAGUAUCACUUGUACUAUCUUUUUUUUCUAAUUUCAUUUAAUAUUUCAGAGAUUUGGUAGAACAAAUGUGUAACUUUUGCAAGUAUGGGUCUUUGCGUGAAAUUGAGGAAGGAAGAAGUGAACUUCAGGUGGAGUCAAGCAUGUAGUUUCCAUUGUAAUUAAACCCCAAAAUCUAUAUAUCCUGGUCUUGCAACUUACUAUUUCACUUCACCACAUCACACAUGUUCCCCAGUCUGCAGGCUAAUUCCAUUUUAUAAAUUUGGCUUGUUGAAUUUCAUAGAUCUGAUAUUCAUGUGGGUAAUGGCAUACUCAUUGUAUUCUUCACCACAGAAAUGAGAAAAUGUGCGAAAGAGUGGGGAAAUGAGUCUAACUAGAGCUAACUGGAGACAAGAAUUUGGGAACUUGGUUUUUACGUUUAUUUAGCAUGCUGUUGUUUGUCACCAAAACAAUAUUAUGUCUGUGUGAGGUUUUAUAAUACUGUUUAAAGCAAGAUAAGAAACCGUCUCUUUCUUCUGAAGAGAAAUACUGCCACAGAAAGGUAGAAGUCAAAUAUUUACGGAACAAAAGUCUGGUUAAAAUAGCCCACAUUGCUGACCUUAGUAAUCAAUGUGAAUUACAUUAUAAUCAAUAUGACUACAAGCUAUCUGACCAGCCAGGAAGAAAAUAAAUAUUUGGUCAUGUGACAAACCAUUUGGAUGUCUGCAUGUGAACCCAAGCCGUAUAAAAGUAUCCAAUUCAAGAUAACAAUACAAAGUCACUGAUAAAGCCACAAAUAGAAAUUAGAUUUCACAGUCUCAGCUGAUAAUUUGAUACCUUUCUGUGAUAAAAAGGUCUUCCAAACUAAACUUGUCUAUAUUUGAACCGUACAAAUACUUAAAACUAUUGUACCUGAUAAUACGUAAAUGCUGCCAAGAGAGUAAGUUUACGCCACUGAGAAGAUGCAGGUGGUUUGUGCUUUAUCUCAGUUCUUCAUGUAGUAUGGAUUUACUUCAGAUAAAUAUUUUUAUAUUCGUCUGACAAGUAUAUUUAUCUGAGGCAAGUAUUUCCCCCAAAUGAACGUGCGUUUUGAAAAAAAGUUUAAGGUAAUUAGGAUUCCAGUUGAGGAAAAUCAUUAACAAAAAAUAGCUUACUCGCUUACUAAGAAAACAUAUUUUACAUUCGAAAGAUCUCAAUACAAAGAAAUGUAAGAAUAUACAUGCAAGAAGUUUGUUGGUGUUCACUGCUAGAUUGCAGGGCUGUGUCAAGUCACAGAUAUCAGGAAAAAUUAUUUUUAACUGUGUGUGUGUGUGUCUGUGUGUCUGUAUCCUCCUUUGGAUAAUUAAAUCUUUUACGAAAGUGUACUCGUACCUACUAAGGAUUUCUGUCAUUGCAGUUUGAGGUGGAUCUUCGACAUCAACCCCUCCUUAGGUCUAAGCGAUCACCAUUUAUUAAAAUUUGUUAAAAUUAGCAAUCCAUGUAUAUGCAUUCACUAACUAAACACUAACAUUUUUUACCUUAUGAAUUAAAUUUCUUCUUUCUAGUGACGUCUACUAGAGAGCAGAAAAAUCCAAUUGUUCAGCAUCUGAAUAAAUCAAACUCAGUAAUAACUCUUUUUUCAGCGGAUAAGGGUAGCUUAGAUAACCUCCUUUCCCUGACUUGACAAAUUUUACCAUUCAUUUAUGUGUAAAUAUGAGGACAUAGAUUUUGAUCCUAAAGCAUCAACAGAAAUAGAUUUUCAAGUAUCUAAGUGUACAUACGGGCUUCCCACGUCAAGUGUGGCAGGCAAUCCACAAGGCUUUGUGAUUUGAUAUCUUUGCUUAAUGGUGAAGAAUAUAGCAUGGUUCUGUCAUUUCGAAUCUUUCUCCACUUCAGUAGGCAUGUGUUACCUACGUCUGUUUUGGGUGGAGAUCAUUUUCCUACUGUUCUGUAAGGCACCCUUCUUGUCUGGAGGAAACAACAGAGGAGGAACCAGGAAGAGCCCUCUCAUUCCUAACAUGUCAAUGAUAUGCUGAACUAGGUGCCCUUUCAUCUACGCUUCUCAAAAGAAGCGCUGGUGUUAAAAUGAGAGAACUAAAACCCAGAUUUGUGAUACGACUUGGCCACCAUCACACCGUGACCAGGUGUUAAGGUUGUGAUUCUCAGACAGCUAUGUCUGACCCUCACAUUUAAGCCCUUGGGAUUUUAGAUCUUUGCUCACAUCCUGAUCCCACUGCCUUAGGAGUUUUGUGAUCUAUGAAAUGUCACGUAAGGUUCUUUGUGCCUUAAUUUUCUAUCUUUAAAGUAGGAAUGAUAAUACCUGUCGCAGAGUACUGGUUAUGAAGAUUAACUGUAGGCAGUGGUAUGUUCUUUAAAUUGUAUAUCACUCUACAUGUAUUAUUUAACUGUUUUAUUACCAAAAUUUUUGAUGGGGUAGAUAUUUACCUAAGGUGGUUAUUUAAUUUAUAGGUGUGCUCGUUCCCAUUAUGUUAGGUAAUCACUAUAUAUUGAUGACUAUUACUAUUUUCCUUGGGGUAUAAUGUUUAGCUAAAUUCAGCUGUGCUGGGCAAAAGGGAACAGCAUUGUAGAAGUAAGCAAGUAUUGUGUGAGAAAAAGGAAAGUUUAGGUGUUCAGUGACUUGAACAGAAACAUGGAGUUAUUCCCAUACUAUCAAGUUAUACCCUGGAGGGAAACGACACUCCCUUCAAAUGACCAUCAUUCAUUCCUCCUCCAUCCACUCAACUCAUUUAUUGAGCACCUGCCUUAUUUUGGGUGAUGUACAAGGUCUUAUGAGUUUGUGUGUGUGUGUGUGUGUGUGUGUGUGUGUGUGUGUUUAUUAGGUUUAUUUGGACUUUUCAGGAACUGCAUAAUACAGUCAUUAAUCAGGAAAAAAAAAGAUAGAAUUUAAUGAGAUCUGUGAUUGAGAGGGAAUAAUAGUUCAGUUCCUUACCAUGUGACAGUUUGUUGUCUGUUGAAUAUAUGUGUGAUUGUCCCUGCUUCACAAUGAAAACAUUAGUCAUUAGUCAUAUCUUUCCAUGUUAUUCAAGGGCACAGGCCCCAUCUCCUCAACCAUGUGGUCAGGUCUCUGAGAGCAAGAAGAGUGUUGUAUGUGUCAGUACAACUCAAUACAAAGUUGGGAAUUGUUAAACGAUUGUUUGUGAAAUGAUUGAAUGAAUACAAAAAUCCAAGGCCCUUCACUCAAGUGGUAUAGAACUUGUUCUUUAAUGUGGCCAUUCAUUCCUUCAUUCAUGUGUUCAUUCAGCAAGUUUUAUUGAAUGUCCACCUUGUAGGUGAUACUGGGCACACGCAUUGGGGAUUUCUGGUCCGAUAGCCCCCAAAUUUCUUAUGACAACUCUAGAUAUGUGUCCCCAGUUCUCCUUUACCUCAAAUGUAUCUGUCAAGGACUUUUAGGAAAGUGAUGAAAGAACUGUAAACUUCAAGUUAUAGAAGAAGGUCAGAAUAAUGUGGAUGUAUUUUAAGUGGUCAGUACUUCUAAACGAUAGUUUUACUGGUAAGAAUUUUUUCCCCCAAGAAUGGCAGAUGCUGCCUACCCCUAGUGUCCUCAGUGAUGUUUUCAGCUGACCACCAGGGAGAGUGGUGGCUCACUCUUGUGUGGCUAACUUCCAUUCCCUAUCAUUUCAGUGAUAACAAGGGACUCCUGGCCUGUUAGGUAACUUGCCUAAGUAUACGCUGAUGAAGCAAACAGACCAGGUCAGUGUCCCUUAAAAAUUGGCUGCUCUGAUUGAGACUUCUUUUAAAAUUAUUAUGAAACACACAGAUUCAUGCAUAUAGCUUCAGUUGUUCUUAAACUUCUGUGCUAACUCCCCACGCAUCACACUAAAAAUUUAUCAUGGGUGAUAUUUCUGUCACAAAGGAAACUUCAAAGUCUGAAUUCGCAGAAAUGUCUCAGUUGACAAGCCACUGACUUGAGUUCUGUGAUUGAAAUGUACUCCAAGGUCAACAAACCAAAACCUGAACAUCAGUGGAUGAUAAUACCUUCAGUGUCUCGAUGGUUAUAACACAAAGAAUACCUUUCAAAGGAGUGUAUCUUUAUUAAUCAUUGCAAAUUUAUUUUAUGAAAUACUUCAGGCUCUUUUUCAUUAGCUAAUGAAGCCCAGAAGCUUAAUGUUCUAGUACCAUUUUAAUUUUUUGAGUCCCAUGUGCUGAUUUGUCGGGGUUUAAAAAUUUCUUUCACCUUAUCAGAUUAAAAACAUUUAUUCAUGCACAUGUUAACAAUGUAUUUAAAAGCAACGAAAGCUUCAAUAUUUAAAAUAUUAAUUGUUGCUCAUUAAAGUAUGAAAAUUUUAUUUAUACUUACAUAAUUAAUAAAAAGGCAUUUUAUAUGUUUGCAAGAUGAGGCACUUAAUGUAGAUGAGGCAGAAUGGUUAUUUAUCAAAAUAGUUCAGAAAUCUUCCUAGCGGUCCAUCUAUGAGAAAGUUAGACAGGAUCUAGACACAACCUUCUAAAUAAGGGGUUUCUAUAAGAAACAACAAAGGAACAGCAACAAUAACCCCCUCCCCCCAACUUAUCUCUCUUUAAAUUCCAGCCUCUUUUCUAAGCCCUGGUUUUUACAUACUCUCCUUUAGUAGGUGAGUACCCUGGCCUUAUGUAUGAAACACUGAGGGUGGUUUAAAGGUUACAAAUGUGAUCCUGUCAGAUUGACAACUAACUGUUCUAAUGAGGAAAAAAUCCUCAAAGCAUGAAAUUUGAAUGAAAUGUGUGAUUAUAAUUCAAGUACUGUUUACACAAACCUCUGGGGACCCUCGGAAUAAAUGCAGAGCAAGUGAGUUAGACAAACCUCUGGGCCUUCGCUAUAUGUGUGUCUGUGUGUGUGUGCGGUGUGUGUGUGUGUGUGUGUGUGUGUGUGUGUGUGUGUUUAUUUUAGAGUGUGGGAGAAACUUUGCACCAUGAAGCCAAGGCUUUGCUCUUCAGAACCAACACCACAGUCCCCCCUUGUUUAUGAAUACUGUAUGUGUUUUGUUACCAUGUUGAAUUGUAAGGAAAUAGGUGCUUUGAAUUAUUAAAGUUGAUUCUUGAGAAUAGAUGUAUGCUCGGGUGGCAUUUGCUUCGGCAUAUGCAAAUGAUUUAGUUUCAUUUGGGAUCAAUUCCCAGAGGCCCUCCUUUCCUGGGAUGCUCUGAAUUUGGCAAGCUCAAGUCAGCCCGUCUCUUCUCCCCCCUCCCCCUCCCCUUUCUUUCUUUCCUUUUUGUUUUUUGUUCCUUCCCCCCCCCUUUUUGUUGUGUGAUAUAAUAUUUAAAAACAAAACAAAUAAAUAUAUACACUUGGUUGUUAGAAACGUUGUGAUCUAGAAAAGAUUCUAUUGUUCAGUUGUAAUCAAAGGUGGAGGAAGAUUUUCGCCUUAAUCACACUUAAAGUUUAGCAAAACCGUACAAACGUGGAAUGUUUGUUAAAAUAUUCAUACAGACUAGGGCUCCUUGGAUGAUGCAAAAUUCUGAAAGUGUGGUGUCAGAGGUGCCUUUUUAGGAACUGACAGCUGUAAGUCAUUCGGAGGUUCGGAUGUACCAAUAAACUCUUGCUUUAGAACCCAGAAACCAAAUAGCGUUAAGUGGGUGGUAGAUGAUCCAAAGGUACAGCGAAAGCACCAAACUCCAAACUGAGAAGGUGGCCGUGAGGGGUGCCCAGGCGCAGCGAAGGGAGCGUCGUCCCCUUAUUAUUAUGCCGGCUGGCCUCUGGACACGCGGCGGUCUGCGGCAUGGCGAGGUGAAGUUCACGGGCGGCCCCCCUGCCCACCGGUUCCGGGGAAGCGGAGGGUUCGCAGAGCCCUGGGCGGGCCGCACUGUUACUCUGUUUCAUUCCGCAACCCAGUUUUGUAGGUUGUUGACCAAGCAGUCAGAAAACACUGCCCCCUCUCUCCUUCUGAGCGAGGUCAGAGACGUGGUGGGUUGUGUGUGUGUGUGUGUGUGUGUGUGUGUGUGUGUGUGUGUUUCCCUCUCUCCCCUUUCCCUCCCCUUUCUCCGAGUCGAGUUCUCAGGCAGCUGCGUACAAUGCUGGGAGCUAGCCAGCAGCAGAGACAGAUGGCAGAGUUAUUAGAUGUGCAUCAUACGAUUCCCUUCCUGCCACUCGCUUUUUAAUCAAAUUAAAACAAAAAAGAAAGAGAGGGAGAGAGAGAGAGGGGGAGUCAAUUAACUGCAUUUGUAUUCUGCUCAAUAAUGGACCCUGUUCCACUUUUACCCUAAGGCAGUUGAGUGGAAAUUUUAGAGAAGAAAAGGGUGCCUAGAACAAAACAAAACAAAAAAAAAACCAAAAAGAGAGAGAGAGAGAGAGAAAGAAAAGAAAAAGAAAGAAAAGAGAGGAAAAAAGAAAAGAAAAAGAAAGAAAAGAAGGGGGGGAGUGAAGACUGCAGAAAUUUGUAAGAAUCGGCAUUAUUGAAGGAACUGAUAAAAACCCCUCGGAAAAGUUGAAUCGAUCCCGCGUAUGCAUUAGGAUUGAGAGCUCCAUCAGGGCCGGGCUGCCUUCCAGCUCCGCUGCGCAAACUUGAGCGUCUGACAGCAGCGCGGCGGCCUCCCCCGCCCGCCAGGAAUGGUCUCUUCCUGCUUUGCAUAUUCACCACGCUUGGCCCGGCCAUAUGGGAAAAUGCAACUGAAGGAAUUGUUGUGAAAAAAGGGACAGCGAGUUUGAAAUAAAAGUUGUUAGAGUGGUACUGAGGAGAAAAAAGAUUCCGAGACCAUGUACUGCGCAUACACAAUCCCGGGCAUGGGCGGCAACUCUUUGAUGUACUACUAUAAUGGGAAAGCGGUCUAUGCUCCAUCAGCAAGCACUGCCGACUACAAUAGGGACUCGCCAGGCUACCCUUCCUCGAAACCAGCAGCCAGCACUUUCCCUAGCUCCUUCUUCAUGCAGGAUGGCCAUCACAGCAGUGACCCUUGGAGCUCCUCCAGUGGGAUGAAUCAGCCUGGCUACGGAGGAAUGUUGGGCAAUUCUUCUCAUAUUCCACAGUCUAGCAGCUACUGUAGCCUGCAUCCACACGAACGUUUGAGCUAUCCAUCACACUCCUCAGCAGACAUCAAUUCCAGUCUUCCUCCGAUGUCCACUUUCCAUCGUAGUGGCACAAACCAUUACAGCACCUCUUCCUGUACGCCUCCUGCCAACGGGACAGACAGUAUAAUGGCAAAUAGAGGAAGCGGGGCAGCAGGCAGCUCCCAGACUGGAGAUGCUCUGGGGAAAGCACUUGCUUCGAUCUAUUCUCCAGAUCACACUAACAACAGCUUUUCAUCAAACCCUUCAACUCCCGUCGGCUCUCCUCCUUCUCUCUCAGCAGGCACAGCUGUUUGGUCCAGAAAUGGAGGACAGGCCUCAUCAUCUCCUAAUUAUGAAGGACCCUUACACUCUUUGCAAAGCCGAAUUGAAGAUCGCUUAGAAAGACUGGAUGAUGCUAUUCACGUUCUCCGGAAUCAUGCAGUGGGCCCAUCAACAGCUAUGCCUGGUGGUCAUGGGGACAUGCAUGGAAUCAUUGGACCUUCUCAUAAUGGAGCAAUGGGUGGUCUGGGCUCAGGGUAUGGAACCGGUCUUCUUUCAGCCAACAGACAUUCACUCAUGGUUGGGGCCCAUCGUGAAGACGGUGUGGCCCUGAGAGGCAGCCAUUCUCUUGUGCCAAACCAGGUUCCAGUUCCACAGCUUCCUGUCCAGUCUGCAACUUCCCCGGAUUUGAACCCACCCCAGGACCCUUACAGAGGCAUGCCGCCAGGAUUGCAGGGCCAGAGCGUCUCCUCCGGCAGCUCUGAGAUCAAAUCUGACGACGAGGGGGACGAGAACCUGCAAGACACGAAAUCUUCCGAGGACAAGAAGUUAGAUGACGACAAGAAGGAUAUCAAAUCGAUUACUAGGUCAAGAUCUAGCAAUAACGAUGACGAGGACCUGACACCGGAGCAGAAGGCAGAGCGUGAGAAGGAGCGGAGGAUGGCCAACAAUGCCCGCGAGCGCCUGCGCGUCCGUGACAUCAACGAGGCUUUCAAGGAGCUCGGCCGCAUGGUGCAGCUCCACCUCAAGAGUGACAAGCCCCAGACCAAGCUCCUGAUCCUCCACCAGGCCGUGGCCGUCAUCCUCAGCCUGGAGCAGCAAGUCCGAGAGAGGAAUCUGAAUCCGAAAGCCGCGUGUCUGAAAAGAAGGGAGGAAGAGAAGGUGUCCUCAGAACCUCCCCCGCUCUCCUUGGCGGGCCCGCACCCUGGAAUGGGAGACGCGUCAAACCACAUGGGACAGAUGUAAAAGGGUCCAAGUUGCCACAUUGCUUCAUUAAUACAAGAGACCACUUCCUUAACAGCUGUAUUAUCUUAAACCCACAUAAACACUUCUCCUUAACCCCUUUUUUUGUAAUAUAAGACAAGUCUGAGUAGUUAUGAAUCGCAGACGCAAGAGGUUUCAGCAUUCCCAAUGAUCAGAAAACCGAAAAACAAACAAAAAAAAAAAAAGAAAGAAAAAAGUGCAACUUGAGGGGUGACCCUCUAACAUAUCAUUCAGAAUGUGCAAAGCGGUGUGUGCAGGCUGAGACGCAGCCCAGAGACUGAAUGGCAAUCUUUCCACACUGUGGAACAAUGCAUUUGUGCCUAAACUUCUUUUGGAAAAAAAAAAAAUAUAAUUAAUUUGUAAGUCUGAAAAAAAUAUUUAAUUUAAAAAAUUGUAAACUUGCAAUAAUGAAAAAGUGUACUUCUGAAGACAACUACAUGAACGUUUUUGUUGGUAUUCAAGUCAGCUAGUGUUUAUUAUUACCGGAUAUCGAAUAAGGGAAGCUCGGCUGCCCUCGUAACAAAACCAGCAAACGUCCUGAUGACAACAAAGUGAUGACAUUAGCCAUUCCUUAGGGUAGGAGGAACAGAUGGAUCUUAUAGACCUAUGACAAAUAUAUAUAUAAAUAUAUAUAUAAAUAUAUAUUAAAAAUUUAGUGACUAUGGUAAGCUUUUGUUCAUUUGUUUCAGACUUUUUUCUCCUGUAAAAAAAUAGUACUGAUUAACUUUUUUAAAAGAAAGAUUUUACUGUAAAUACGGAUUUUUUUUCUUUUUUUUUUUCUUUUUUCUUUCCUUUCCUUUUCUUUUCUUUCCUUUUUUUUUUUUUUUUUUUUUUUUUUUUGGUCUUUCUGUCCCUUUCCCUGGUUUGUUAUCGUAACCUGUAGUGCCGACUCUGCUUCUGGAGAGGUGACACAGGAUAAAAUGCUGACCCUGAUGUUGUUUUUCAUUCAUAAAUAAGUAGAAAGUUGUUUCUCCAGUCUUUUGGGAACACAGGACUUAAAAGUCACAUCAUGUGUAGAUAUUACAAGCAGCAUUACCAAGACAUGGCAAAAAGAGUUUGUCUGAACUGUAAUGUUGCGUUUGUGACCCUAUUCUGGGAUUUUCAGAGGUACAAGGUUAGAAUGCUACAAUGUUACCACUGUGCCUUCCAAUGUUUAUAUCAUCGGAAACAUAACAUAAUCAAAGUGGCUGUGAUUUAACAAAAUGAUUAAGGUGUUACCUACAUGUGUAGCCGAAGUAGUGUGCAGUGAGGCGUUUCUGAAUACAUGGUCAGAUUUUUGGAAAAAAAACAAAACAAAACAAAAAAAAAAACAAGUAAAGUUCAAAAACCAUCAAAUGAGAAAAUUGCAAGUAGUGUGACAGAGCUGAUUGAUUUUGUUGCUUUCUUGAUUUUUUGUUUUCAAAAUGGGUUUACUAAGAUG